AUGGGUCAAUACAUCUCUACUUUUAAGAUCCAUAUCCGAGCUUCGGGCAGGCGAACUCGGGAUCUAAAGGCUCUUGAGCACAAGCCCAAUAGCCUUGCAGAUUCUCCGGGGUCCGAUAGUGAUAGUGGCAGGCCCGAACAAGAUCUAGCAGCCAUCCUACGACCGAUCAUCACUUCAUUCGUCUCCGACAUCGGCUGCAUUGACCCUGCGCCAGAACCAAGUGAGGCUCUAUGGGUUGCCAUGCGAGCCUACGCCGAUCAGCUGGGGGCCUGCUUCCCAAAGCACUCACUAGAGGUCCAAGUCUACAUCGGCACGUAUACCUGGCUUGGAAUACUCAUCGACGACGAAACCUCAAAAUCACCAGAGGAUUGCUCAAAAUCCAUUGAACGUUUCGCGGCAGGAGAGAAGCAGCCGACACCCCUCCUCGAGGGAUGGGCAGAACUCAUGCGUCUGUCAUACAAGUACUGGGACCCGGUUGUGGCCAACUUCAUCGUCACAGCCUCACUUAACUUUGUCAAUGCAAACGUCCUCGAGAACCGGCAGGAGUUCAAGAAACUCAAGCCAACCAAGGGCGGCAAGAAGUGGCCCUGGUUUUUGCGUGACAAGGACGGCGUUUCAGACGCGUAUGCCCUUUUCACGUUCCCCAAGGAUCAGUACCAAGACAUGUCGAACUACCUAGAAAUGAUUCCUGGUAUAUCUUCUUACCUUGCUUUGACCAAUGACAUUCUGUCCUUCUACAAAGAGGAAAGAAACGGCGAAGUGGACAAUUAUAUACACGGUCGUGCCUGGUAUGAGAACAAGGAAGCUACCCAGGUGCUUGAAGACGUCGUUAGUGAAGUGAAGGAGGGCGUUCGUCGCAUACGUGUUGUUCUCGAUGGAAGAAAGCCAUACCUGCAGGCUAUCAACGACUAUAUACUGGGUUAUGUCGCUUUUCACAAGUUUGUCAGGCGAUACAGACUAUGGGAGGUCGGCUUGGGCGAGCAUCAGGCGUAG